AUGCAGCUCACCAACUUGGCUCUCACCCUAGCCGCGGCUUUCUCUAUUGCCAACGCGUACCCCAUCACCGGCGAUCAAGUCAACUGUCGCUCCGGUCCCUCAACGAGCGAUGCAGUUGUCACCACUUACAAAAAGGCCGCCGACGUCAAGAUCUCAUGCCAGACCUACGGCGAAUCCGUCAAUGGCAACUCUAUCUGGGACAAGACAGACGACGGCUGCUACGUCUCCGACUACUACGUGAAGACCGGCUCCGACAGCAUGGUCACCAAGGACUGUGACGGCGGCAGCUCUGGCGACGGCAGCUCAUCGUACAAGGGCAAGAUCAGCCGUAAAGAGAUUCUCUCCCGCGGCCAAUACUGGGUCUCGCGCCACAUCCCAUACUCCAUGACCGACUACUACCCGGACCCUCAAGGCCGCAAAUACCGCACGGAUUGCUCCGGCUUCGUUAGCAUGGCUCUCCACGCCGCUUCGCCAGGCGCCAGCACCGUCAGUCUCCCGGACAUUGCUAAGUCUAUCUCGUGGGACGACCUCCAGCCCGGUGACUUUGUUGGAACACUGGGCUCUGGCACUGGCGGUGCUGCUGGUCACGUCACUCUGUUCAAGUCGUGGGCCGAUAGUUCCAAGAAGGAGUACAACACGCUUGAGUGCCGUGGCACUUACGGCUGUGUUGCGUACAAGCGCCCUGUUGGUUGGAAGGUUGGUAGUUACACGGCCAAGCCUUACAGAUACAUCCACGUUACGGACUAA